CCGAAAGCGUUAUGAACGUGUUGGCAACACUGGAGAAUUUUGCAAUUUGCUACAGGCACGUUUCCGUGAAAAAAUUGUGAGCCAAAGUCGUUUCUGUUAUUACAAGUUUGUUUAACUAAAUUCUCUGCAAAGUUCAGCUGAACUGAUUCACCUGGAUGGAUGCUAAAGAGCUGAAAGAAAAGUUGGAGGCGGCGCAGAAAGCUAAACCCUUAAAUUUCCUCACGUCGCACAUAACAUCUAUAAUAGAGCCACUUAACGUGCCUACAUUAACCAUACCGAAUGAUUUGGUUUUGCCAGAAAACAUACCAAUUUACCAUUACGAAGUCGAUUACAACAGAAUUAUGUCUAAUACAUCCUCCGCAUUCGUCGAUCUUCAUGGAACAAUAAAGAAUGGCGCCCAUUUAUCAGUUCCAGUUAUUCAGUCUUCCGUAGAGCUAUGUGUGGACUCCGACCCGCUGGAAAAAUUUGCUGGGAUCAAGAUGGGCACACGUCACGUGUCUUAUGUCAAAAACAUUGUACCAAUAAUCAAGCCCACCGAGAAUCCAUCAAUCUCAAAAGCUCCCGAUCGUUUGGAAACCACCAAAUUGGAUAAGAUGUCCGGCUUACGGAAGCUGCCUUCUGUCAACAACAUCAAACCAACAAAUCCAGCUCACCAAAAAACCAUCAUUGUUAAAGGCUCGAAACCGUUUAGAAUUCUGAAGUCUCCCAAUACCAAAGAAACAAAUUAAGGUUGUUUGAAAACCUACACCAAAUGCGAUAAGGUACUGGGCAUACGGAAGCUGCCUUUUGUCAAUAACAUCAAACCAACAAAUCGAGCCCACCGAAAUCCACCAUCCACUCAAGGCUCCAAAUCGUUUGGAAGUCUGAAAUCUGCCAAUGCCAAAGGAGCACAUUAUGGGCACUAAUUAACAAAAUAAAGCUAUACAUAUAGCAAAAGAAAUUAGA